AUCCUUAACCCUCCACUUUUCACUCUUUAACAAACUCAAAAUCCUCAAUUUAGUCAAUCAUCAAUGGAGAGAAACAACCGCAACGAGGGGACUCACGAAGAAGAGCAAUGUUCGCUUUCUGAUAUUAUUUAUUCGUUUUGUUCAGAAAAUCAUAGUGAAUUAAACCCUUUGCAAGAGAUAUUCGGUGUUACCAAAAACAAUGAUCAUGAGAAACACGACGAGGAGCCAGACGAGGAAAGUUACCGUAUGGCUAAACGGCAACGUUCCAUGGAAUAUCGUAUGAUGAUGGAGAAGAAAAGACGAAAGGAGAUCAAAGAUAAAGUAGAUAUUUUGCAGGGGUUGAUGCCUAAUCAUUGCACAAAGCCGGACCUUGCAUCGAAGCUUGAAAACAUCAUUGAAUACAUUAAAAGUUUGAAAUAUCAAGUAGAUGUUAUGUCAAUGGCAUACACAACAACUCCGGUUUACACACCACCAUUUUAUGCAGCAGCUCAAGCACCAUGUAUGUCUCCUUGGGGCUAUUAUACGCCAGGAGUUCCAAUGAUGCCUCAGCAAAACAUGACCUAUAUCCCGCAAUAUCCUCAGGUUUGAUCAAAUUAAAGUUUAAUCUGAUUCCACAGAUUCUGAUUUCUGCCAUCAAUCUUUUAUCACAGGUAUAUGGAACAGUGCCGCCAAAUCAAACUCAACCUUAAAACAAGCUCUAGCUAUGUGGCUUUUUAAGACCCUCCGGCUUUAGACUCGUUGCUGUUUAUAUAGACUGUCUUUGUAAACUAAGAUAUGUACAUAGAUACAUAAAUACAUACGUAGUUUUAUGUAUAACUUUUAGUUUGAUGCCACAAUAUGUAAAAACACCUGUUUUUUAUGUUCUGUUUUGGUUGAGCAUUGUUCCUCUGUUAUUUAUGUUCUGUUUUGCUCAACCUUUUUCUUUGUUGAAUGUAAGUUAAAUAAACAACAAAGAUGUUAUGUUACGUGUAAUAGUACGUUUGUACCAAACAUUACUACAACCC